UGUCGACACGGCUUCAAUGUGAUCGAGUAUGUGAUCGAGUAUGUGAUCGAUGUGAUCUGUAUUCCAGAUUCGUUGUCGCUGAUUUAUAAAGAUAAAACAACGCAAGCAUUGUGGCCAGUUCUUUCACCAGUUAACAGAUUGCAUGAUGGAGCAUGAAAAUCACACGGGAAUGAAGUCAUACACAUGCACAUAUUGUGAAAAGAGCUUUAGCGUUUUCUGGAAUUGCAAGCGACAUGAACGAAAUCACACAGGAGAGAAGCCGUAUACAUGCAAGCAUUGUAAAAAGUCCUUUAGCAACUCAUCAGCUUGCAAGCAACAUGAACGGAUUCACACAGGAGAGAAGCCGUAUACAUGCAGUUAUUGUAAUUUGUGCUUUAACGACUUAUCAAAUUGCAGGAAACAUGAACGAACUCACACAGGAGGGAAGCCGUAUACAUGCAAGCAUUGUAAAAAGUCCUUUAGCGAGUCGUCCAACUGCAAGCAACAUGAACGGAUUCACACAGGAGAAAAGCCGUAUGCAUGCAAGCAUUGUAAAAAGUCCUUUAGCAGGUUAUCAGAGUGCAAGCAACAUGAGCGAACUCACACAGGAGAGAAGCCGCAUACAUGCAAGCAUUGUAAAAAGUCCUUUAGCAGGUUAUCAGAUUGCAAGCAACAUGAACGAACUCACACAGGAGAGAAGCCGUAUACAUGCAAGCAUUGUAAAAAGUCCUUCAGUCAGUCGUCAAACUGCAGGCGACAUGAGCGAACUCACACAGGAGAGAAGCCGUAUACAUGCAAGCAUUGUAAAAAGUGCUUUACGCAGUCAUCAACUUGCAAGCAACACGAACGAACUCAAACAGGAGAGACGCCAUAUACAUGCAAGCAUUGUAAAAAGUCCUUUAGACUCUCAUCAGGUUCCAAGCGACAUGAUCGAACUCACGCAGGAGAGAAGCCGUAUACAUGCAAGCAUUGUAAAAAGCCCUUCAGUCAGUCGUCAAACUGCAGGCGACAUGAAGAGAGACAUGCAAGAGCCAGCUCGUCAAAACAGAAGCAACAUGACCAUUGCUCUAAAUCAAGAAGAGACCUUCAUGAGCCAGCUGUAACUCUCGGUGGCAAGAAAUCUUGUAUGCUGCCCUCUUUGACCGACGAAAAUUCAAGCCAAGUUGAAAGCCUGACCUGUUGGAUUUGUCUGAAGGAAUUUAGUAGCGAGGUAUUUGUCAUCCAACAUUACGACGAACAUAUGAGAUUGAAGUGACGCUUGAACGUAACCAUCAUUUUAAGGUGUAAAUAUCCCUCUUUUUUUCCACUAGUCAUCUUUAGCGUUAAAAUUUUUUAUAAAUCGUUUCGUUAAUUAACCAAGAAUAUCGCAACGUUCCACGUCAACGACAAUCGUCUUUAAUUGAUACAAGAAAAUCAUACCAGAUUGAAACCUUGCACCGAUCUUAGAGCACGCAGUGGCAAAAAUCACGUGAUAUAAUCUGUCAAUAAUUCUUGCAAUAUUGAACUUAACAAGUUUGGUACAAUGAAAGUAAUUCAGGCCUGAAAGGGUGUUGUCGUGGAACUUAUUGGCCCACAUGGGGUUUUUGUUUAUGUUUUGUUUGUACAGAGUUCAAAUGACAUUUAUGAUUGACAUUUGAUCACGAGUAUUUUUAUAUAAUAUCGCAUGUGCUUUUAUAAUUAAGUCAGUUGUGAAUACGAGUCAUCGAAUAAACAAGUUUCAAUAAUCAAAUGGACUGCGAGAAUUCUUA